AUGUGGAUUCUCGAUUCGACCGGUGACUUUCUAGAAGGGAAGCGCGUAUGGCUGCGGCCCGGAAAGAAGUAUCUAUUUGGUCGAUGCAAAGGCGAAGUCCUUGUCAAUCACGUUUCGAUAUCCCGCCGACAUAUGACCAUUGAAAUCUCACCGGUCAAGCCGAGAGAUGGGUUAUCACCACGAGCACGAUCUGACAUCACAAUAACCGACUUGGGAUCGAAAUUAGGCACAGUCGUGGAUGGCCAGAGAAUACAAGGAGAACAUAAGCUCGAGAAGAGCGAUGAGCAUGUCAUCCAACUAGCCAAAUACCAGCACCCGCUCCGAAUAAAAUGGGAGCCAGUAGUGCUGACAAUGUCUGUCUCCUCCCAAGCGGUACGAGGCGAGGAUCCUCUAGCUCAUGUUCGCAUGCGCUUAGAAGAUCUUGACAUCAAGACCGUGAUGGAUUACAUCGUGGAUCACACAACGCAUGUAGUACAACGCAAGCGAAAUACGGCUAAGGGACUUCAAGCCCUUGUCAACGGGAAAUACAUCGUGAAUGAUUCCUAUAUUGACGCAAUUGUCUAUGCUGCCACACCGGGCGAUCUAGAGAAUAUCGAGUCACUUUCUCCUCUCGAGGUCGACUAUGAAUCAGCAUGGCCCAAUCCAAAUGAUCACCUGCCGCCACCUGGAAAGGAGCCCACCCAGCGUCCCGCCGCCGCAUUCGCCCCAAACCCCGCGCGUCUCAAUGUAUUCGAAGACUACACAUUUAUCUUUGGGGACCUAACACAGUUUGAGAACCUCCAAGGUCCGAUCAACAAUGGCCAAGGAAAGGCGCUUUUCUACGAAGUUGAGCAUGGGGUUACAACCGCCGCCGAGAUUGUCAGAUUUAUGAAACAAGCAGCGGGACGGAAAGGCGUCGGUAGCGAACGGCAAGGUCCUGGUGGUGUCGUUCUCGUUCGCUUUCGAUCCAAGGGUGACCUCGAGGCCUGGUCCAUUGAGGUCAGCAAUGAAGUGGCUCUUAUGACGGACCAGCGCGUGAUCGAGCAAUCAGAAUUUCUUGACGCUAUUUUGGGCAACGAUGCAUCAUCCCUCUGUCGCCCAUUACCUACGGAGGACAGUUCUAGCCAGGCAUCUAUAUCCACGGCAGCCGCCGAGCCUGCACUAACGAAGGAACGGCCAAUACCCGCUGCUGCAGAGUCACUCGCGCCCGCUGAGCGUGAGGCUAGCCAGCCCCCGAGAGCCCGGGCCAAAACCCCUCGCGUACGUCCCUAUGUCAGCAAAAUGAAAACAUUUGAUGACGGUUUCGACAUGGAAUCAGUCCCGAUUUAUGCGCCCGAAGAUGAGGACAAUGCCAAUUUGGACACUACUCAGACGAUGUUGAUGGACGAAGAAGUUCAACUACCGUCCCAACCAUCGCAACCCCCAGAUACGAUUAAGGAAGAAGCGGAAGAGGAUAUAGUCUCUGAUCUUCUACCAGGGGCCCGUGCUAUGAAGCGUCGUCGGGCAGAGAUGACCAACCGUGCCGCAGAGGGCACAGCCAUAGUUACUGAGCCUGAGGAGGUUCCCAAACGGAAGCGAGCUAAACUCGAUGUGCUCGAAGCGGCCCGCAAGCAUCGGGAAGAGGAAGAACAGCACCGCAAAACCGAGGAAGAUUCACAUCAGGCAGAUAUGAACGAUAUGGACAUGGAACAAUUGAAAAACCUGGCCAUUGUGGAGGAAAUGGAGAUUCCCGUCCGGAGAGCCCCAGCACGCGCUGAUACAACCUCGGACCGCUGGGACGAGCAUUGGAACGGGCGCAAAAACUUCAAGAAAUUCCGGCGAAAGGGAGAGCCAGGUAGUCGAGCUCGAAUCCAGACAGUUAUUGUUCCCCUUGAAGAAGUGACCCGCAAAGACUAUGGAAUCGGCGAUCACUACUGGAGCAGCUCUGUCACUGAGAGGAAUGCUCCGACGGAACUAGAGACGGAACUAGAAAACCCGACCCCUGUGGAUGAUGACUUCCCCGAAGUGGCUCCACGCCCUGAGUUGUCGGUCGCUGGGGGCACGUCGCCUGAACCGACUCCAGAGCCGACGCCUGCUCAGCGCCGAAAGAGGCCCCGGGAAGAGCGCGACUCUGACAGCGAUGAUGGCCUUCGUUUCCGGUUCAGGCGUAAACGCUAG